CCGAUGCCAGGCUCAGCACGCAGGCAUAUACAGUGGGUGCAUCCUUGUCUGAGGGGGUGGAUCCUGUCUUCACUGUAGAGGGGAGGAGAGCUGGGAAGGCUGGCUGGCUGCUAGAAGCACUGCAUGUGUAUAUAUAUAUGCAUGGUCAAUGGGAGUGGUUUUCCAUUGGGUUUAUUACCUAGUCUUGCAGAAAGAGGCAGUGCUGAGUUGGAAAGACAAAAAUAGACAGAAAUUUGCAGAGAAAUAUAAGGAUUGUGUAUGAGGGGAGGGAGAGCAGCAUUAGGCUCAGGCUGGUUUCCAGGAGGAGCCCUUCUCUUUCUCUCUCUCCCCCUCUCUCUCUCUCCCUCUUUGUGUUAUUUAUAGACCUUCUUCAUUUUUUUACUGAUUUCCUUCAUUGCUAUUUUUCCUUUGCGACGUUAUGUUUCAUCGGCAUUGCUGACACCUGGAAGGAGAAGAAAGGGAGGGGAGAAGAGGGGAAGAAAGGAGAGAGAGGGAGAGAGAAAAGCAAACUGAUUGAUCAGAGAGAGGCACAAGGACUAUUUUUAGCGACGGUCUUUCCGUCGCAGGAAUAUAAAUUCCUGGCUAUUUUUUGACCCCCCCUUAAACCCUAAAAUAACAUAGAAAGGGUGUUUAUUUGGAUAUAUUGCACGGAUCUGCAUCAUUUGGACAUCCAUCCACUGGAAAACAAGGAUACAGCUAAGAGGACAACAUAUUUUUUUAUAUAUAAAAAGGAGAUUAAUAUGGGUUGUUUAGGCAACAGCAAAACGGAGGAUCAGCGCAUUGAUGAGAAAGCACAGCGAGAAGCCAACAAAAAGAUAGAGAAACAGCUGCAGAAGGAGAGAUUGGCUUAUAAAGCGACACACCGACUGCUUUUGCUGGGUGCUGGUGAGUCAGGAAAAAGCACGAUUGUGAAACAGAUGAGAAUCCUUCACGUCAAUGGAUUUAAUUCAGAAGAAAAGAAACAGAAAAUUCAGGACAUUCGGAAAAAUGUUAAAGACGCCAUUGUGACCAUAGUUUCUGCAAUGGGCACUUUAAUACCCCCAGUACCUUUGGCCAAUCCUGCAAAUCAGUUUCGAAUUGAUUACAUCAAGAGCAUAGCACCACUGUCUGAUUUUGAUUAUACACAGGAAUUUUUUGAAAACGCACAAAAGCUAUGGGACGACGAUGGCGUGAAGGCGUGCUAUGAGAGGUCAAACGAAUAUCAGCUUAUUGAUUGUGCACAAUACUUUUUAGAAAAAAUUGACAACGUCAGGCAAAAUGACUACACACCAACAGAUCAGGACUUAUUAAGAUGCAGAGUUUUGACAUCAGGGAUAUUCGAAACGCGAUUUCAAGUAGAUAAAGUAAAUUUUCACAUGUUUGAUGUAGGUGGACAGCGAGAUGAGAGAAGAAAGUGGAUUCAAUGUUUUAAUGAUGUCACUGCUAUCAUUUUUGUAGUUGCUAGUAGCAGUUACAACAUGGUUAUAAGAGAAGACAAUAACACAAACAGACUACGGGAAGCACUGGACCUGUUUAAGAGUAUCUGGAACAACAGGUGGUUACGAACCAUUUCCAUUAUUUUGUUUUUGAAUAAACAAGACAUGUUAGCGGAAAAGGUUCUGGCAGGGAAAUCAAAAAUAGAAGAUUAUUUCCCAGAAUAUGUUCGCUACACAGUACCUGAUGAUGCAACCCCAGAUGCUGGAGAGGAUCCCAAAGUGACAAGGGCCAAGUUCUUCAUCCGGGAUGAGUUUUUACGGAUAAGCACAGCGAGCGUUGACAACAGACAUUACUGCUACCCACACUUUACUUGUGCCGUGGACACAGAGAACAUUCGCAGAGUUUUCAAUGACUGUCGAGACAUCAUCCAGAGAAUGCACCUCCGCCAAUAUGAACUCUUGUAAAUGUAAUCACCGUGGAGCCUGUGGUUUUAAAUCCAUUGCUACUUUUUCUGCCUGUUUUUCUCUGUAUUGCUCCACACAGGGUGGGACAACUCUACAGCGCACACCUAUUUUUUUAUUUAUUUUUUAACUUGUUGGCAUGUUUUUUUCCUUUUUUUUUUUUAUUUCUUUUAGUAGAGAGGGGGCAGAUUUUGUCCUCAUAUUUUCCUAAGCCACUUUUUUACCAUUCCACAAUGCCAGUGCUACACAUCCAGUGCAUUUUGUUUGGCUUUGGCAGUCCAGGUUACAGUGACUAAAACAAGCCCACGUUUGCUUAUGGUUUGGCAUGUUAUAAGUGCCUGAUUAUUCUCUUAAACGAUGGUAUCACAAAGGCAUGUUUUUUUCCUGCACAUUCCCUUAAGGAUUAUAUUAAUUAGACAUUUGUUCCAUUUUAAAGGAACAGAAUAGGAAAUUCUUAAAACUUGCAGUCCCUUCCAAAAUGACAUGUUCACAAACACUUAAAAAAACAAGAGAUAAAUUAAACUCACCCCCUCAAGCCUUUAAGGCAUUGUUAGAAUAUAUAUAUAUAUAUGAAUAUAUAUAUAUAUAUAUAUAUAUAUAUAUAUAUAUAUAUAUAUAUAUAUAUAUAUAUAUAUAUAUAUAUAUAUAUAUAUAUAUAUAUAUACACACACACACACACACAUUAUGUAAUUAGUCAUUUCAUGGAGAGUGAGUGGAUAUUUUAUGAAUUUGUUCAGAUUUAUCUUGUCUAUGUUUUUUUUAGUUCUCUAACUUCAAGGUUCUGUGUUACGUUAGUUUCUUUCAAAGUAACAAAUGAACUAGCUAGCGCUAUAUUAUGUGACCUUUUAAUGACUACCAACAGUACGCUUCUCAAACAAGAUACAACUAAACAGUAGGCAAUGCCUCUUUAUAAUAUUCUAAACUAAUGCAUUUUUAUAGUUAAGAUUAUAACACUGCUCUAAAAUGCAGGGAACUAUUACUAUAUUAAUAAUGGGCUAGUGAUAGGCUGUGCCCUGAAGUAUUUUUCUAAUGGGGUUUUGUUUUUCUAAGGCACUUUAAGCAUCUUUGCUAUUUAAUUCCAGUAAUUUAUAUCUUUUAUUUUUCAUAUAAAUUCUACUAUAGUAGUUUGAUAUGGAAAUGCCAAGAUAGUUCAAAUAAAUAGCAAAGUCAACUGAAACACAAGCAAAUGGAACUGUGUUUUUACUAGAAUCUUCAGUACACAGUUCUACCAUUUUACAAAUACAGGACUGAGUUAUGUAUAAUGAAAUGCUCAGGUUUGGGGUUUGCAAAUGUACAUGUAAAUUCAUUGGAGCUUCCACUUGAUUUUAUUGAUAGAUUCCAAAAUUAAAUAAGUUAGAGUAUUAGUCCAAUACCCUGAUGGUGUAUAGAUUGUGAUGUAUAGCAACAGUUAACAGACAAAAUUAAUCUUUUAUUAUUAUUAUUAUCAUCAAUCAAGUACUUCCAAUUCAUUAUGUUUAUACUAGUUGAUCAAUACCAAAAAAAAGUAAUUUAAUGCAUUGCACUUUCAAAUGUUGUAAUUCAACCAACAAAUUCCCUUAUUCAUCAAAUAUCCAGUAAUAGGUAAAACCAACAAUUAGCCCCCCCCCCCCCCCCCCGUAUGUUGAUUCCCAAAUGUAGUGGGCGUUUCCCAUCUUUGUACCCAAACUAAUCACUGCAAACAUUGCGAUAUGUACUUAUUCCAUAGCUUCUGAAAGCAUGCACAUGGCUAGACUUGUCAAUUUGUGGAUGUCCAAGGUUCAUAUGUUGUAAACCUGUCUGCAUUUCAUCGCAAAUUGUGGGGCGCAUUUGUUCCCCAUAUUUACCAUUGCACAAGCGACCGCUCCUGCAAUGCCGCCCCCUGCCGUCGCACAAUUGGUUAGGGGUUGGUCAAGCACCCCGGUUCAAUGAGUCUGUGGUGAUUUUCAUCCACUAACUCUAAAUUAAAGGAGAGGGUUUAUUAAGUAGUGGUUUAAUCCAUUGCAGGCUCAAAUGAGCGAGCCUACAACCAAUCAGGUAGGCCAAUGAUAAAUCUAGUUUCAACCACAGCUGUAUUGGACAGUGAUAAUGCAAAAAUGUUUAAUUAUUUGCGGUCUGUGUUCCUUAUAGCUGUCCGUGCAUGAGCAACUUAACCAUAAUAUCAAAUUGUUUGACCUGGCAAAUACAGUGUAGGCAAACACAGUGAUUGCUUACAAUAGUGCACACAUUUAUUUACUGCUAGCCCUAUCAUGGAAGACAUAAACAUACUCUCCAUGGUUUUAUACUUUAUUUGCAAAAUUCUGCACAUUUCACUAAUAAGGAGGUUAAAAUGCUUUUAAUGCAUUUAUUUUAUAUGCAGAUGUUAGCAAGUCAGUACUUUAUUAUUGAUAUAUACUAUGUAUGUAUAAACAAAUUGUCCCUUUAACAGCUCUCUGCCAUGCAGUGGCUUAAAAUUUAUAUUUUUGGUACCACUGCAAUCUAUAUUUGUUGUCUCAGUCACAUUUUUUUUCAUUAAACAUUUUUUAAGGACAUUUUCUCAGCUAGAACAUUGUAGUAACACUCAGAUACUGCAACACUUCCACUAUGAAGCUUCAAUAGUUGGCAACUUUUUAAUAUAAAAAAGGGCACAAUCCUAUAACACAAUUAUAUUUUUUAUUUUAAUCAAUACUUUUUUGUUACAUUAUUUUAUGUCUUUAAAAGGGAGGAACACUGUAUAGGUUUCUUUAGUUCUACUACUCAGACAAUGUGUAUACCAUUCCACUAUCCCAAUCCGGUUUGGUCUAUUCACUCAGAUCACGUAUAUAGCUUUUAUAAUAUGCUGAACCAUAAGUAAAUUCUCUGCUGUGUGUUUGCUAAAUAUAGUCUAAUUUAGGGAACAAUCUAGUGCAAUAAUUACAGGCUCUUUUUGCUAGAGCAUGUCAUUUUUGCACUAUUGUGGCUCCAUCUCGGUGUGCUUAGACCACGCAAAACGGUUAUACACAGUUAAAUUCCUGUUUAGAACUGCAGCUGCUGAUUGGCAGGGCUGUGCAAAUACGUCUACUGAUUGGCUUACCAGCUGCUUCCUGCUUGGGAAAAGCAGUUCUCUGCAGCCCCAAGCUUUACUUUAACAAUGUGUUUAACCCCUUUAACAAGGUUUAAACUCAUAAGAGUUGGUGCACAAUUCUAGCACUAGAAUGCCCCUUAUAUCUUAUAGCAAUUUGUGCUUGUAACAUCUUGCAAAACAUAGCUGGACAAUGCUGCUUUUAUUUCUUGGCCAAAUUUAUAUUGACAGCAAAAUAUUUUAUCAACUUAUUUACCACAGAAAUAAAUGGUAUCCUAAUGCUUUACGCCCCAGAAAAAAACAUAAGUCACUCUUUGUGUAGGAUUCAAAUGAGAAGCACUAGCGUAACUCUUUCCCUAAUGGAGAGUAUUGCACUGACCACUCCAGCAGAGAAUGCGAAAAAUAUAAAAAAAAUCAAUUUAAGUGGCUCAUAGAACAUAAACGGUUAAUAUAAUUCCACUAAGCCUUAGGCUGCUUUUGUUCUUUUGCUGUAAUGUGUCCCCAUCUGUUUGAUGGCACUAUUCUCAGACCUAUCCCUGUGUGGUUUCAUUAUUAUUUUUUAUUUAUUUAUUUUUUGCUUUGUUUUGUUCUAGAUAGUUUUUGUUAACGUUGACACUGAAGAGUACUUGAUGGAGAACAAAACAAAAACAAGAAUAAUGCACUUUGUAUCAGGUUAAAAAAAAAAUACUGUUGAGGAAUUAUACAUACAAUGUAGCAGAAGCACCAUAAAUAUUUAUUAAUGUCACCGUUUUUUACCAUUGUGGAGUUGCAGGUCAAUACAUAAAGUGACCUGUGCUUCUCAUCACCUUGAGGUGCGUAUGAAAUGACCUGGGAAACACUGCAGAGCACUGAUUUUCAAGCCAUUUCCUGACAACUCUGGGGAGAUAAACGAAUGUUCCUGAAUGAGUAUAUAGGGUAGGUAAUGAUGGAGCAAGUAUAGAUCUACAUUUUUAUUUUUUACUUCCUUUUUUUAAUGGUGUUUUGUGGCUAAAUGUUUCUGCACACCUCAGGCAUUCAAAUUGCAGCUGCUUUCGGCCUCACACAUCAAGGCAGAAAAAGAAAAGAAAAAAAAUGACCACCCUUACUUAUAUUAUACAUUCUGUCCACAAAUGAUCUUUUUAGCCUUAGAUCAUUAAUGGACAUUACUCCUAUAUAGCUUCAUUUUUUUUUUUUCCUUUUGAUUUUGUUUUAACUGCUGGUUUAUUAUACUGUACAGAUGUAAAAUGUAAUAUUAUUUUGUACAACUUUAUUGAAAAAAAAAAAAUACUUGUAGAAGAUCUUCGUGCCUUGAUUAUGGCUGUACCUGUAAAAUGAGCUAAGAUGUAAGUAUGUUUUUGAUUGCGCUGUACAGCUUGAUGUCAAACUUACCUGCAGCUGUGACUGUGGGUAAGAACUAUCUGUAGAAUUUAGUUUUUUUUUUCUGGUUUAUAUAAAAGAAGGAAAUGCUCUUUAGUACAAAAAAAAAGAAAAAAAAAAAGUAUAAAUUAUGCAAAUUAACCACUUACCUUUACAAGAAAGGUCCUACAGUGACCAAUUGCAGCAAACAUGCCUUUUUUUCCCUCUAUUUUUUUAUGUACAGGCGAGGAGGGAAGGAGUGGGAUUCUCAGCUUUAAAAACAUUGAAAUCCAUUUUUAUGUCCACAUUUGCAACUUAGUGGUGUUUCAGUGGGAACCAAGAAUCAUUUUUUUUAUUGUUUAUUAUUAGAAACCUUUGAUAAUUCUUUAAUCAUUCAUAGAACAUCACAAAGAUAUUGUCAAUGUUAUAAGAAAAAAACAAAACAAACGACAGCACCGCUAGUUAAGGAUCGUCUACCUUUGUAACAGCAGCUGCUUUUUAUUGUGCAAGACAGUAGCACGACAAAGGGUUGGGGGUGGGGAAUAAGGUGGAAACCUUUAUGUCUAGCCUGAUAAAAUUACAAGAUGACAUUUUUAUUUCUCUUUUAAUAAAGAGACACAUUAGAAAGUUGGUUUAUUUUAAAUAUUGUAGAAUUUAAAUGUGUGAAUAUUUCUCAAACUUGAAUAAUUUAUGCAAAUGUUCUCUAAAGAAGUUGUGGUACAAUACUAUAUAUAUAAAUAUAUAUAUAAUAUAAAUAUACAAAGCAAGAACUGCUGUAGCAAUAAGGCAUGUCCUUUUUAGUAAUUAUUACACUGCUUUAUAUUUUAUACUUCGGUGUUUUAUGUAUGUGAGUAUAGAUUUUCCUAUGUGCAAUGUCUAAAAUCACAGUUGCAAUAAGCAAUUAAGAGAAAUCUUAUUAGGCUACUUCAGACUUGUUCAGUGGCAUUAAUAUCUAAAUGUUGUCUCCUUCUAAAGACAGCUUGUGUUAGAAGGUACAACACAAUACAUUGCAGGCCUUGAGCACUAAAAUUGACACAUUGUGACUAUUUUCUCACACGUUGUACAAGAGAAUUCUUCAUUACUGAGCUUCAUAAACGAUUUCUCUAGCUCUUUCAUAUAGUUAAAAAAGUUCUAUGGACUAGAUUGUAGAUGGCUCCCAAAAGAUAAAUAGCUUGGUCUGAUACUUUGGUAGACAGCUAUGGAUUUAGUGUGCAUGUGCUGGAAUGGCCUGCACAGUAUUGUAAGUCACACUAGUACUGUGGUUAUACCUUAUAUACUAUGUUUACUUCUAUAAAGCCCCCAUGUAAAACAGCCAGCUCCUGCUGGUAGUACAACCUUACAAAAGUCCAGUGAAAACUUUACAAAAGAGCUAUAUUUGUUUAUUUUUCACACAUUUUCCUUUGGCAUCUUAAUUUUGUUUAUUUUACUUUUCUAGAAUACAAAUUAAUGUAAAAAAAAUAAUUUGCUCACAUGUAUUAGUGAGAGUGUAAAUUUUUUUUAAACAAAUUCAAAAACAGACAAAAAAAAUUACAAUCAUCAUUUAUUAAUUUCAUUAUAAAAUAACAAAGUUUGGACCUUUUAUUACAAAAUGUUGUUUGAUAUGAAUGUAGAAAAAUGAACCCUUUAGUAGAAGGUUUUACACUAGCAGAGACCUAAAGACAAGGCAUAUUGCACACUCAUGUGGUCAGCACUGUAGGACAUUUAAACCUCGUGCAAACAAGUGGUAAGGCUAUAAAUCAAUGAAGUUUUUUUUUCUCCUUAUAGAUAAGUCACAUAUUGUACAGGUACAUCAUUUAAUAAAUAUAUAUUUGGUAAAA